UUUUAUUUAAUAAUUAAUACAAGUUUUUUUUUUAGAAAAAAAGUUUCAACGGCACUAAUUUACUUCAUCGCCGUUACCUUUAACCCUUCCACUCCCACACCGACGAAUCCAUCACUCUGACUUCUCGCGGCGGCUUCGCAAUCUCAAGCGCAGCGAGGCGGCAUCAUGGAAGGGGAGAAGAAAGGCGAGUUCAGCUUCAACAACGGCGGCGUUGGCCCCGCUGUGUCUCCGCGCAGCAGGUUGCCUCCGAUCCAGACUUCCCGUAACGUCAGCUUCAAGAAGAAGGAUGAGAUCCCGGCGGAGGACGACGGCAUCUGCCACGACGACAGCGUGCCUCCGGUCAAGGCGCAGACCAUCGACGAACUCCACUCCCUGCAGAAGAAACGAUCCGCCCCCACAACCCCCAUCAAGGACGGCCAGCGCAGCCCCUUCGCCACCAUCUCCGAUGAGGAGCGCCAGCGCUUGCAGCUCCAAUCCAUCAGCGCAUCGUUGGCGUCGCUGACGCGGGAAACGGGGCCCAAGUUGGUGAAGGGCGACCCGGCGAGGAAGGCGGAGACCCCCAAGAUCAGCGCCGUGCACCACCACUACUUCACCCCCACCAUUAGUGUCACCGACAGCUCCCUCAAGUUCACUCAUGUCCUCUACAACCUCUCCCCGGCAGAACUGUAUGAACAAGCCAUCAAGUAUGAGAAGGGGUCGUUCAUAACGUCGAGUGGAGCCUUAGCCACCUUGUCUGGUGCAAAGACUGGCCGUGCACCAAGGGAUAAGAGAGUUGUGCUUGAUGAGACCACUGCAGAAGAGCUGUGGUGGGGAAAGGGUUCGCCUAAUAUUGAGAUCGAUGAACACACCUUCCUGAUUAAUAGGGAGAGGGCUGUAGACUAUCUGAAUUCUCUGGAGAAGGUUUUUGUGAAUGAUCAAUUCCUCAAUUGGGAUCCUGAGCAUAGGAUCAAAGUCAGGAUCGUGUCUGCAAGAGCCUAUCAUUCCCUGUUCAUGCACAAUAUGUGCAUUCGUCCUACCCCAGAAGAACUUGAAGAAUUCGGCACUCCAGACUUCACAAUAUAUAAUGCUGGGCAGUUCCCAUGCAACCGAUUCACUCAUUACAUGACUUCCUCCACUAGUGUAGACCUCAAUCUUGCGAGGAAGGAAAUGGUAAUCCUUGGCACUCAGUAUGCUGGAGAGAUGAAAAAGGGUCUGUUUGGUGUAAUGCAUUAUCUAAUGCCUAAGAGGCAAAUUCUGUCCUUACAUUCUGGUUGCAACAUGGGCAAAGACGGGAGUGUUGCUCUCUUCUUUGGUUUGUCAGGCACAGGAAAAACAACUUUGUCGACUGAUCAUAACAGAUUUCUAAUUGGUGAUGAUGAACAUUGUUGGAGUGACAAUGGUGUUUCAAACAUUGAAGGUGGGUGUUAUGCGAAGUGCAUAGACUUAUCAAAGGAGAAGGAACCUGACAUUUGGAAUGCCAUAAGAUUUGGCACAGUGUUGGAAAAUGUUGUGUUUGAUGAGCAUACUCGUGAAGUAGAUUACUCUGACAAGUCAGUCACAGAGAACACUCGUGCUGCUUACCCAAUUGAGUUCAUCCCAAAUGUAAAGAUACCUUGUGUUGGACCACACCCUAGGAAUGUUAUCCUACUUGCCUGUGAUGCCUUUGGUGUGCUCCCACCAGUGAGCAAGUUGAGUCUGAGCCAGACCAUGUACCAUUUCAUAAGUGGCUACACUGCUCUGGUGGCUGGCACUGAGGAAGGUGUGAAAGAGCCACAGGCCACGUUCUCUGCUUGCUUUGGUGCAGCUUUCAUAAUGCUCCACCCAACAAAGUAUGCAGCAAUGCUAGCCGAGAAAAUGCAAAAAUAUGGGGCUACUGGAUGGCUUGUCAACACUGGUUGGUCUGGCGGAAGCUAUGGCACUGGCAGUCGCAUUAAGCUGUCACACACUCGAAAGAUCAUUGAUGCUAUACACUCUGGUAAGCUGUUGACUGCCAACUUCAAGAAAACAGAGGUCUUUGGUUUGGAGAUACCAACUGAGAUUGAAGAUGUGCCACCGGAGAUCCUGGACCCUAUAAACACUUGGACGGACAAGGCAUCCUACAAGGAGACUCUACUGAAGCUGGCUGGUCUUUUCAGGAAGAACUUUGAAGUGUUUGCAAAUUACAAGAUUGGCAAGGACGGCAAAUUGACAGAGGAGAUUCUUGCUGCUGGUCCCAAUUUCUGAGCGUGGUCUGUAGAAUUUGUUGAAUGGACUAUGUGAUAUGCAGAGAUGACUCAAGUGAAGCUAGAGUUGUGUUUACGUACUUGCAACCCCUAUUUGGUUUGGUUUCUUGAACUGAAACGUCACUUCUAGGUUUGAUAAACACUUUAUGCACUUUUACAAAUUGAUGUGGUAAAACAUUUCUGUUUUGCGAA